CCACAAGGUACGUGGUUUUGACCGAAGUGCAAUCUUUGUUCCUUUCUGCCGCUCUUAUGGUAGCGGGACCAGGAUUGUUACGCAUUCUUCACCUCUUUGUUCACCCACAUCAAAGAAACGUUUACAAUUAGGCCCUAUAUCCUUCCUCUUUACCCGUUCGGAGGAGCACCUAGCAUCGAUAACAGCUACAGAUACCUAAUAAUCCAACGCUGACCACUAACACCAAUCACCUGUCAGCCACGACCAUGCACUUCAACACUCUCACCACCCUCCCUUUCCUCAUUGUCCCCCUGACAACCGCCGCUAUUCUUCCCUUCCCCUCCUUCACAUGCUCUAAAUCUGGCAACCCGGGUGCCGUGUACUACUGCCGAACGCGAAACUUCAACAAUGCCGUCGCUGGCGAUUGCAUUUACCACCUUCCCGAUCCCAAGAACGCCUGUUUUACGACUCCAUUUGCAGUGCAGAGCAUUGGCCCUGAUAAGGGAGGCUAUUGCGUGCUGUUUGAGGAUAAGGAGUGUCUGGGCAGCGUCAUUACUCUCGAGGAUAUCAAUAGGGUUGUUUGUCCUGGCGUGAAGAAGUGGCCUAGUAACCUGCCGAAGGCGGGUAGUAUGGCUUGUUAUGCCGGAUCUUCGUAGACUGAGGCUGUGAGAUUUGAGAAUUAUAAGAUAUGGUCGUUUGUCUGUCCAACUUUUUUUUGGUCCAUUUUGUUUAGUUUUCUGGUCGGGC